AAACAUUGUUUACGUAAUCACGUUCUACUUGAACGUGGCGGUGCCAAUCUCACAUUUACAACACCUUGCUUUGCUUGAAAAGUUAUACUUUUUUUUUUUUUUUACCGCAGCAAGUACUAGAUGGCUGAAUUAAAUGACAUCUACACUUUCGAUUGAUCUUAUGUAUCAAUGUACAUAGACAGUUAGAAAAUACAUUCGACACGAGAUCGCAUGACUGCUAUGGUCCCCAGACUUGCAAGUGGAAUGGAUUAUUUAACGUUGGGGAGGACUUCGAUGAUGAGGUGCUGCAAACUGAUUUACACAGUCAGUGAUUACCACCUGCUGAUAUGAUAGUUAUGACAGAUUAUAGUCCCCAGUAUAAAUUCUCAGAUUGACAUCACAGGAUCUACUUGAAAUGAACUGGUCUGCUAGCACAGUGUCCUCUGCAGCACAGUCCUGUUUCCUCCGUUCAACUGCAGCAUCAACUCCUGCUGCCUCCUAUGGCCAGAAUAACUCACAUCAACCAUCCACAGAAGGCAUACUUGCCCAUAGGGGCCUGUCGAAUGGCCCAGGGUCAGAGAAUGCAACACCGAGCAGUGUAGGGCAGUCUGCUGCUUUGGGUUUGAGACAUCUCUCUACAUCUAAACCACUGCCCUCAUUCCCUCUUCCCCCUCUCCACCUUCCUACACUGAGUAGGGGACCGUGUACAGUUACCCAACAGAGCUCCUCACCAGCUCAACAGAUGAAGUCAAACACAACAGGACAGCAAGAGGCCCCCUCGCUGCAGGAUGACUUUGAUGAUUGGGGAUGUUGACCUGGCAGACCUAGAUGAAAGUGAUCCACAGAUGAGCACUUGGGCUCAGGUCCGAGGAACUGCUUCAGCUGCAGAUCUAACCAAGCCCAGCGAUGACUGUGCCCACAGCCUGUGGUGGUGCUCAAACCAGGCCCAAUGUGGGUCUGAGAGGAUUCAGUACCUCUAACCAAACUUCUGGUCUUCCCAGUAGUAAUAUACUCCACAGGUCCUCAUUCCCUGGCCCCUUCGCCUCUCCCCGCCCUGAUCCUAGUGCUACUUUCCUCCUAGCUCCACCCCAGAGCCCAGUGUUUCCUGGCCUCACCAUGGCCUCCAGCCCCUUCCCCAGGCCUGUGACCCCCAGGCCAGUCAGAGUGCUUCCUUCCCAGGUACAGAGGCCCUGGGCUACACCUCUGGCUCAGGGAUGCAGCCUUUUUGACCCCAUCUCCCCAGCCCCCUCUAGUAGGUUUGGUGAACCCAUGCCUUCCCCCAGUCUCACCCCCCAUUCCCUCCACACGCCCCUCUUCACUAACCACUUGAUUCAGCUGGUGUCCAACUCCAACAAGACCCCACAGAGACCCCAUUCUGACCACAUCCGGCCCAAUACCCGCCGCUUCCCCGGGCCUGCAGGAAUCCUACCACAACAGCAGCUCCGUGGGCAGAGCCUGGAUGACAUUGUGGUGGCCAUUCCUCAGACACCUGCACAUGGGGCCGUGGCUCGACUGCCCAGUCAGGUUCCCAGCUCUCAGAAUGAGGAAGAGGAUUUCAGUGGAGGUCCGUGGGCAGCGAUGAAGGCAGAGAUGGGAUUGGACGAAAGGAACUCCUCCUGUUUUCUGCACUCUUACAGCGUGGCCAUGGUCCUCCGCAAGGCGGUCCUGAAACAGCUGGCGAAGAACAAGGUCCCCAACAUGGCUGUGGUACUAAAGAGCAUCCUCCACACACACGCUGAUGCCAAGGCUGUGUUCAAGGGAUCCCACAGGGAAGGCCUACUGGUGGAGAGAUGCAGGGCACAGUGCACCGGCGCCUCCUAGAGGACAGACUAGGGGAGCUCAAGACAGGGGCUGUACUGCUGCUCAAACAGGUGGGUGUGUUCUCUCCAUCCCACCGUAACCACUACCUGAACGUGACACCCAACAACCUCCUGAGAAUCUACCCUCCUGACGGCUCGACCCUGUCCUCCACACAGACCCAGCUGCUCCCACUCCACCUGGAGCCAAUGUUGGAAUCACCUGAUCAGUCCUCCAGUGUCCCAGGAGUCCCUGUGUCUCAGAUGGAGUUGUUCUAUGAUGAUGAAGAGGAUGUUCGGGCCCCACUGGUCUCUGCAGACUCUGGAGCUGGCUCCUCUAGUGUUCCGCAGGGCCCCCCUGCUGCACCACUGGACCUGUCCUGGGACGCAUGUGGGACUUGGAUAUGCAUAUGAGUGUAUGUUCUUGGUAAACCAAUCAGCAGCUCCACCCUGUGUGUUUGUUUGAUUGAAUUUGUCUCUGUGUGUUGUGCAGAUGACCUUGAUGAGCUUCUUGGGGAGUUGCCUGUUGAGUCCUACUGCCUCUGACACCUGCCCACCUACCCCUUACAGAUAAGGUACCUUUAUACAGGGGAGAUGUGGGACAACUAAACCGUCACUUACAUGUGAAUUUGAGUUUGGCUCAUUCUGACUGCACGUUGGAUGCCUUUCUCCCUGAUUCCCCCGGAGAAUCUUGUUGCCUGAAGUGCUAUCAUUUUGUGUUUGGUGUGCUGUGACCAUUAAUCUUACCGGUAUAAAUUGCAUGUUGGCUGUGUGGGGGGAGGGGACUCUGAGGUGUUGGGAACUGGGACUGUCCCUCCCGCGUCUCCCCAAUUUCAAUGAAGCUUCACUACCCCUACUGCUAUGGGUACAUCCCCUACUGUUACGGGUCCAUCCCCUACUGCUACGGGUCCAUCCCCUACUGCUACGGGUCCAUCCCCUACUGCUACGGGUCCAUCCCCUACUGCUACGGGUCCAUCCCCUACUGCUACGGGUCCAUCCCCUACUGCUACGGGUCCAUCCCCUACUGCUACGGGUCCAUCCCCCUACUGUUACGGGUACAUCCCCUACUGUUACGGGUCCAUCCCCUACUGUUACGGGUCCAUCCCCUACUGCUACGGGUCCAUCCCCUACUGCUACGGGUCCAUCCCCUACUGCUACGGGUCCAUCCCCUACUGCUACGGGUCCAUCCCCUACUGCUACGGGUCCAUCCCCUACUGCUACGGGUCCAUCCCCUGCUGCUACGGGUCCAUCCCCUACGCUGGCUACUGGGUCCAUCCCCUGCUGCUACGGGUCCAUCCCCUACUGCUACGGGUCCAUCCCCUACUGCUACGGGUCCAUCCCCUACUGCUACGGGUCCAUCCCCUACUGCUACGGGUCCAUCCCCUACUGCUACGGGUCCAUCCCAUAGACACAGUCAUCCCCCUGUUUGAAGACCUGCUGGCUGAUGUUUUGUAUAUUUUUUUACGUCACUGUGCAGUCUCCUCUAAAUCAUAGCUAACUACUGUAUGUGCACAUAAUGUCUUGUAAAACAUGUGUAUAUAUUAAAGACUGUUCAAUAAUACACUAUA